UAAAAGAGUAUGUAGGGCUAGAGCGGCAAGGUUGUUGGCUACGUUCCCCUCGCCACCCCACGACCGUUAGAAACGUUGCUUCCGGUUCCCUCCCCCAUAUUAGCUUGUUGAACGGAAAAGCUGAAAGGAUGGUGAGCGGGAACGAUGAGCUGGUUGAUGAUUUCCCCGAACAGUUCCGCUCCUACUCGGAGAACGAAAAACACUGGCAGGCUCGGAGGACCUUCAUCCUGCGCAACGUCCCGCCAGAGGACGGGGCGGAGCUCUCUCCGCUGCGUGUGGACCAGCUGCUCUCGCUCUCUAUGGUCUGGGCCAAUCAUCUCUUCAUGGGAUGCAGCUACAACAAAGAUCUCUUGGACAAGGUAACAGAAAUGGCUGAGGGGAUUGAAGUUGAAGAUGUCCCACAUUUUACAACCCGUGAUGAAAUAAUGAAAAAGGUGAAUAUUCAGCAUUUAGAGCUCUUGAAAAACAAAAUGAAAUGCCACGAGACAUACUUUUGCAAAUGUUAAAAUAGGUUUGUGUAUGAAUGGGUGAUCUAAAGUGGGAUCUUUAAUCUUGUAUUGAUUUGAUAAGUGUUGAGGAAAGAAUGCAGUGAAUAUAUUUUGAAUAUUUAAUUGUAGCUUUCUUAGCACAUGUAUAUUCUCUCUUUCUCGUUGUUAUUGUACUCUGGAAAAAAAGUGUAGUUUUUUUCCCAACUGCAUUACAUUGGGUGGAAAUACCUAAUUGCUGUUAUAAAUGUCUUAUUUCCUGGAA